CCGAGCGCGCUCCCGCGUCCAGUAAUUCAUUGUAUCGGAUUGAGAGGAAGCGGCGAGGAGCGGCGAAGCGACCACAAAAACGCCGAAGAAAACCACAUAAACUGAAGGGAUGGCAGCCAUCCGUAAGAAGCUGGUGAUCGUGGGUGAUGGAGCUUGCGGGAAGACGUGUCUCCUGAUCGUCUUCAGCAAAGACCAGUUCCCUGAAGUCUACGUCCCCACGGUGUUUGAGAACUACGUCGCCGACAUCGAGGUGGACGGGAAACAGGUGGAGCUGGCGCUCUGGGACACGGCAGGACAGGAGGACUACGACCGGCUGAGGCCUCUGUCCUACCCCGACACCGACGUCAUCCUCAUGUGCUUCUCCAUAGACAGCCCCGACAGCUUGGAAAACAUUCCCGAGAAGUGGACCCCGGAGGUCAAACACUUCUGUCCGAACGUUCCCAUCAUCCUGGUCGGAAACAAGAAAGAUCUUCGCAACGACGACCACACGCGCAGAGAACUCGCCAAGAUGAAGCAGGAGCCGGUGAAGUCGGAGGAGGGCCGCGACAUGGCCGGACGCAUCGCCGCCUUCGGCUACAUGGAGUGUUCGGCCAAAACCAAGGACGGCGUGCGGGAGGUGUUUGAAAUGGCCACCAGGGCGGCGCUGCAGGCCCGCCGCGGAAAGAAGAGCAAUAAAUGUGUACUGCUGUAAAAAAAAAAAAAAAAACAACACAAAGAAACAGAAAACGGCCGACAUAUUUGGACUGUUUGGGCUGUUUUGCCCCGGGGGGAGGGGAGGGGGAGGUAAUAGGGCUAGUACACAUGGUCGGGGGGGGAGGAGGAGGAGGAGGGGGGAGGUAAAGAAGUGCAGUAAACGACUAUUGCUGUAAAGUGGCUGUUUGUUGGACUGAAUUUACCCCGAGACUCAGGUACAUUUAGUCUGGACAAGGAGCCGCUUACACCGAUACAGAUCUGUAGGAUCCUGGUCCUUUUUCUUUAAACGCGUCAAUAAAUAAAUCCCACGUUAACCAGGAAGCAACAGGUGAAUCCGGGCGUCUGCGAACUGGAAUGAAUUCAGGCUCAGACGCUAACCUGUGAUCGUGAAAGGAAAGCCCCGCCCACACGGUUUUUGAUUGGCCCAGAGCGUAAUCGGUUGACGACCAAUCGGAUCCGUUCCCACAGACGAAUGUUAAGCGAAUAUUGGAAAGAAAAUUUAUUGAAUCUGAAUCCCGAUUUUUUUUUUUUGUUUUGUUUUGUUUUUUAAGCUAACGCGCUACGAGAAGGCGGGACUUAACGAUUAGAAAAGGAGCCGUCUGAUUGGUGGUUGGCUCUGAGAAGAAAUCACUCUUGAGCGUUCGUUCACGAUGCUAGCGCCGUUAGCUUGUUUGUGUUUUUUUUUUUUUUUUAAUCACCUCCUGGUUCAUGUACCGCUGUUGUUUUUAGGCCAGGACCAAGAACAAGGAGCGUUUACAUCCUCACCACUCAUCUCCUUAUUUUGGGAACAUUUAGUUAUUAUUAUUAUUAUUAUUAUUAUUCGUGUACUGGUGAACCGUCGCUACCAGGCCGAGGCGUUUUCGUUUAGAUCUAAAGUUUAAAGAUCGGCGGGUGGGGGGGGACCAGUCGUUAUCGGGGAUUUAUUAUUUUUUAUUUUUCUCGGCCAGAUUUCGACUCUUCUUCUUCUUCUUCCGACAGUGUUGCACCCUCUUCCUGUUUUUCUACUUUUUAUUUUCCCGCUUUGAAAGUUUAAAAAUAAUUAAAAAAAAAUUUAAAAAGUGUAUCAGUAUUUAAACGAAAUAAAAAUAAAAAAAUAGGAGGUGGAUGAUUAGGGAAUUUCUUUUGUGUUGUUGCUUUAGUUUUUAUGUUAUUUUUCUCCUGAUGAUGAUUUACAGAAGGCUGUAAUGACCCGUCUAUCAGCCCCCUCCUCGCCCCCCUCACCUCUGCCAAAUGCUGUGGUUUGGGGCUGUCGGGGUGAAGGAUGCUGACCUUCUCUUUGGUUUUUGUUUGUUUUUUUGUUUUCGUUUUUUUGGCUGAAACAGGAAAAAGAAAAAAAAGAAAGACAAACACACCCUCCUUAUGUACAAAUCAUUUUUAUUUCUAGUUUUUAUUGUGUUUUUAAAAAAUAAAAGAUUUGGACGCUGAAGCGGUGAAACAAAAAAGGAAAGAUGAGAAAACCAAGCUGUAUGCAAAGUCUGUAAAUAUGAAUCGUGGGUUUGUUCAUACUAGACACACACACAUAUACACACACAUACACACACAGACACACACAUGACUGGAAACUGUAUUUGUAAACUAGCUUUGGUUUGUGUAAUAAAUUACUUUCUAUAACA